AUGGCGCUCAAGGGCGACGAGGUUGCCGAGCACAACGACGCCAAGUCGUGCUGGGUCAUCAUCCACGGCAAGGCGUACGAUGUCACAGACUUUCUACCCGAACAUCCCGGCGGACAGAAAAUCAUCCUGCAAUAUGCCGGCAAAGACGCCACCGACGAGUUCGAGCCCAUCCACCCGCCCGACACGCUCGACAAGUACCUGCACCGCUCCAAGCAUCUGGGCCCCGUUGACAUGGACACGGUCGCCGAAGAGGCCCGGGACGAGGACCCGGACGAGGCGGAGCGGCAGGCCCGCGUCGCCCAGAAGCCGUUGCUGUCGCAGUGCUACAACCUCUUUGACUUUGAGGCCGUUGCGCGCCGCGUCAUGAAGAAGACUGCGUGGGCGUACUACUCCAGUGCCGCCGACGACGAGAUUACCAUGCGCGAGAACCACGCCGCCCUCCAUCGCAUCUGGUUCCGCCCCCAGGUCCUCGUCGACGUCGAGACCGUCGACUUCAGCACCACCAUGCUCGGCACAAAGUGCGCCGCUCCCUUUUACGUGACGGCCACGGCCCUCGGCAAGCUGGGCCACCCCGAGGGCGAGGUGGUGCUGACGCGCGCGGCGCACUCGCACGGCGUGGUGCAGAUGAUUCCGACGCUGGCCUCGUGCUCCUUUGACGAUAUUGUCGACGCGCGGCAGGGCGACCAGGUCCAGUGGCUGCAGCUCUACGUCAACAAGGACCGCGCCAUCACGCGCCGCAUUGUCGAGCACGCCGAGGCCCGCGGCUGCAGGGGCCUCUUCAUCACCGUCGACGCGCCGCAGCUGGGCCGCCGCGAAAAGGACAUGCGCACCAAGUUCACCGACCCGGGCAGCAGCGUGCAGUCGGGCGUCGACACGGACACGACGCAGGGCGCCGCGCGCGCCAUCUCGAGCUUCAUCGACCCGUCGCUCGCGUGGAAGGACAUCGCCUGGUUCCGCGGCAUCACGCGCAUGCCCAUUGUGCUCAAGGGCGUCCAGCGCGUCGAGGACGUGCUGCGCGCCGUCGACGCCGGCGUCGACGGCGUCGUCCUGUCCAACCACGGCGGCCGGCAGCUCGACUUUGCGCCCUCGGGCAUCGAGACGCUGGCCGAGACGAUGCCCGUGCUGCGCGAGCGCGGCCUCGACGCCAAGAUCGAUAUCUUUGUCGACGGCGGCUUCCGCCGCGCCGGCGACGUGCUCAAGGCUCUGUGCCUCGGGGCCAAGGGCGUCGGCAUCGGCCGCCCCUUCCUCUACGCCAUGAGCGCCUACGGCCAGCAGGGCGUCGAGCGCGCCAUGCAGCUGCUCAAGGACGAGAUGGCCAUGAACAUGCGCCUCAUUGGCUGCGCCAGCGUCCGCGACCUGCACCCGGGCCUCGUCGACACCCGCAGCCUCUUUGUCCACUCAAACGCCACCCCCGUCGACGCCCUGUCGGCCACCGUCUACGACCCGCUCGUCGUCCCGCCGCAGAGGCCCAGGGGGAAGCUGUGA